AUGAGUCUGUCACAAGCAGCCCUGGCUGUGAUGCGGAUCAACCUGCUGGUGGUCUCGCUGGCAAGUGCCUACAACAUCCGCCUGUAUGCCGUGCAGAACUAUGGCCGUGUCAUCCAUGAGUUUGACCCAUGGUUCAACUACCGCGCAGCGGAGUAUUUGGCUGAGCAUGGCACUGAGCGCUUCUUCAAGUGGUUCGACCAUACCGUUUGGUAUCCCUUGGGACGGCCGGUGGGGACGACCAUUUAUCCCGGAAUGCAAUUUGCGGCCGUGUGGAUUUGGCGGAUCCUCGAGUUUCUGCAGCAGGAGAUGUCUUUGCACGACGUUUGCGUGUUCAUCCCUGCCUGGUUUGGUGUCGCCUCGACCGUCUUCGUGGGGCUUUGGACCUUCGAAUGUACCCGCUGUGUGGAUUCAGCGGUGUGCGCCAUGCUGGUGGUGUCCAUUCUACCGGCACACUUGAUGCGCUCGGUGGCAGGUGGCUUUGACAACGAAUGCAUGGCCAUCACCUUCAUGAAUGCGACCUUCUACUUCUGGUGCCGUUCUUUGCGGAACGAUAACUCCUGGCCCUGGGCAUUGCUGGCAGGUUUCUCCUAUUUCUGUAUGGUGGCCACUUGGGGAGGCUAUGUCUAUGUUGUGAACAUCAUCGCCUGUCAUGCAGCUUGCUUGAUGUUGCGGCGACACUCUAGCCGGAUCCAUCGUUCCUACAGCCUUUUCUUCCUGCUGGGCACGCUCCUAGCUGUCCAAGUGCCCGUCGUGGGAUGGACACCUUUGAGGAGCCUGGAGCAAGUGGCACCGUUGCUGCAGUUCGUGGCCGUGCAGAUCUUUGAGGUCCUGUCCACUUGGCAACGGCGUCUACCCGCGAAGGAGUUCCAAUUGUUGCGCUUCAGAGUUUUCGCCGUUUGCGGGGCUGUGGCAGCAUUGCUGGGAGCUAUGCUGUUCCAACUGGGUUACUUUGCACCCCUCUCCAGUCGAGUGCGAGGUCUCUUUGUGAAACACCGUACUGGCAAUCCAUUAGUGGACUCUGUGGCUGAACACCAAGCAACUAGUCCACGAGCAUACUGGCAGUUCUUUCAUCACAUGUGCACCAUGGCGCCGCUGGGUUUUCUGAUUUCACUCUUCGAGAUGAGCGAAGCCAGGAACUUCUUGUUGCUCUAUGCUGGCAUCACCUACUAUUUUUCCUCCAAGAUGAACCGUCUUUUGCUCCUCUUGGGCCCCACCGCCGCAGCUCUUGGCGGCAUUGCCUUGGCCAAGACGCUGCGCUGGGCGCUCCAUCAACUCACACAGCCAGAGGAGGCACCGGUGCCGGCCACGCAGAACGAGGAAAAGCCGAAGCACAAAGGACACAAGGAACUGCAAAAGGCCAAAGCCGAGGGUUUGACAGUCGUUCUGAAGGAGAUCUACGACGAGUUCAAAGGCCCCUUGUGGGAGGCAUACCACGAAGCCAGGUGGCAGAGGAAGGCUUCAGCAGUUCUGAUGCUUUUGACCUUCAUGAUUUGCGGCAUGGAGUUCAUGAACUACUGCUGGGCCGUGGCCGAGCGCCUAUCUCAGGCCUCAAUCAUCGUCAAGCGCCGCAACAAAGAGGGACAGGAGAUCCUCAUGGACGACUACCGGGAGUCAUAUUGGUGGCUCCGGGAUCACACGCCUGAAGACACCCGCAUCAUGGCCUGGUGGGACUAUGGCUAUCAGAUCAAUGGCCUCACCAAUCGGACCACGCUGGCCGAUGGCAAUACCUGGAACCACGAGCAUAUUGCCCUGAUCGGUCGAUGCUUGACGGGCCCCGAACGGCAAGCACACGAGGUGAUCCGACACCUGGCAGACUACGUGCUCAUUUGGGCGGGUGACUAUGGGGAUGACAUUGCCAAGAGUUCCCACAUGGCUCGCAUCGCGGCCUCCGUGUACGAGGACGUUUGUCCAGGUGACCCUCUGUGCAGCAAGUUCCACCGGAACCGCCAGACGGGGGAGCCCUCGGAGAUGAUGAGCCGGUCUUUGUUGUGGAAGCUCUAUGCACAUGACCCGAUGGGCGAGGUUCAAACGGACGGCGCCCUUUUCGAAGAGGCCUAUACCUCGCAAUAUGGGCUGGUCCGGAUCUUUAAGGUGCUGAAUAUUUCGGACGAGUCCAAGGCAUGGGCUGCCGAUCCCAACAACUGGAAGUGCGAUGCUCCUGGGAGUUGGCACUGUCAGGGCCAAUACCCGCCAGCUUUGAGCAAAGUCUUGGAGAAGCAGAAAGCAUUCCAACAACUUGAAGACUUCAACCAGCAGAAAGAUGAGAAGGCAGAGGAGUACCACAAGGCCACCGGCCUUCAGUUUUCCACCUACGCCUUGCUGGGUGGCGAGAUGACGGUGGAGGUGGUCUUCCCCUCCUUGAUCGUUUUGCGUGUGUUGCAGAUCAUGAUGAGUUUGCUCCCCGGCUCCUUCUCGUGCAUGGCGGAGCUCACUACUGCGUGCUUGCGGCUGCAGCAAUUCCUGCAGAAGCGGGAGCAUUUGAUCGAUGAAACUCGACAGCCCAUCGAUGGAAUGGCUUCCACGCCGGGCGAGGUGAUCCUGAAGGAGGUCACCUUUCGUCGAGGUGGUGGCAACGAGGAGGGCCGCGCCUUUCAGCUGGGGCCUUUGAACCUGACCUUGCAUCCUGGAGAUCUUUGUGUUGUGUGUGGUCCUGUGGGCUCCGGGAAAUCCACCUUGGUCCUGGGCCUUUUGAGGGAACUGACCACCUCGGGGUUGGUUCAGUGCGGAGGGCGCAAGGCCCUGUGUGGCCAGGAGCCCUGGAUUAUGUCAGCCUCCGUCUAUGAGAAUAUUUGCUGCUUCCGACAGGAUCAUCAGUACGACCAGUCCGUGCAAUCAGCACAACUGCAAGUGGAUCUCGGAAAUUUGCCUGCUGGUGACCAGACAGAGAUCGGGGCGAAGGGAAUCAACAUCUCAGGAGGACAGAAAGCACGUGUGGCCUUGGCCCGAAGUUUGAUGGAUUCUUCUGACGUGGUCUUGUUGGACGAUGUUUUUAGUGCGGUGGAUGUGCAUGUGGCAACCGCCCUGAUCCAAGAGGCCUUGCUGGGAGCCUUGAAGAGCAGCACCCGAGUCGUGGUGGCCAAUACCUUCCUCCCACUGCUGCUGCCGCAUGCUCAGCAGGUGGUGAUCCUGGAUAGCCAGGGUGGCAUUGAAGCACAAGGGCCUUUAGAAGUGGUUCACAGGGAAUCCCCUUGGCUUCAAGAGGCCCUGAAGACAAUGGGUGCAGCACCUGUGACUUCAGCUGCGCCCGCGGUGACCGCCUCAGUGACUGUGAAGGAUCCUUCCACCAAAGAGGCGUCAGGCGCCCUACUCAUCGCUGAAGACCGGAACGUGGGAGUUUUGAGCUUCCACGCCUAUGCCUCAUAUUUUCAGCAUGCCACGUCAAGCGGCAGUUUGGCUCUUGGUGCCUUGCUCUUCCUCACCGUCUUUGGACUCGCCCUGCUGGCCGAAGGCUUUCGCACCUUCACCGAGGUCUGGGUCACCUUAUGGACCUCCUCCGUGUCGUCUCAGGAGGCAGACAUUGAUGUGGGGUUUUGGGUGCUGGGCUAUGGCUGCAUUGUUGUGGCCGUGCUGGUCAUUGGGCUGAUUCGGGCCAUGGUCUUUAGCCGAAUCGUGACCCAGAUCGGUGGCGGCACCUUCCAUUACAUGGUGCAAAAGGUGUUGAAUGCUUCAGCUCCUUUGUUCUUUGAUGUGGUCCCAGUGGGACGUAUCCUGAACCGCUUUUCCAAGGACUUGGACGCGAUGGAUACGAUGCUUCCAGAGUGCAUGUCUGAGCUUCUCACCAGCUUCUCCUACAUCCUCUCCAGCAUGGUGAUGUGCACCAUGGUGUCCACCUAUGCCUUAGCUGGGUUGAUCCCACUGUGCAUGAUCUUUAUAUACAUUCGCAGGUACUACGUUGCCAGCUUCCGAGAGCUUCAGAGGCUCGAGUCAGUGUCCAGGAGCCCCCUCUAUGUACACUUCUCGGAGGUCUCAACCGGGCUGGUACAUCUUCGCGCCUACGGCCUGCAAGAACGAUUUCGAGAGAGCUUCUACUCCAAGGUUGACCAGAACAGCAGGAUGUACUUUCAUUUUCAUGCAUUGGUGCCUUUCCUGGUGUAUCGUGUGAAUCUUCUCUCAGCCACCUUCAUUGCUGUGAUGACCAUCAUAGUGAUCCUCUUCCAUCAUCAUUUGGAACCCGCACUGGCCGGCCUUGCUCUGGCAGCUUCGGCCGGCCUCUUGGGACGUUUGCACCUGACUGUGAAGACUUCUGCAGAUGUGGAGAGCAACUUUACGUCCGUGGAAAGGCUGCAGCACUUCAAGAGCGUGCCACAAGAGAAGGUGAUGGUGGCAUCUCAAUCAUUGGCAAGUUGGCCGAGCAAAGGAUCCCUGGUCUUUGAGAAUGUGAAGCUCAAGUACCGCCCACACUUGCCUUUGGUCCUCAAAGGGCUCACCUUCUCAGUGGCGGCUGGACAACGAGUAGGCCUUGUGGGCCGCACCGGCUCGGGAAAGUCCACCUUGAUGCUGGCGCUCUUGCGGUUGGUCGAGCUCACUGAAGGCCCAACCGCGCAGACCAUGUUCCAGGUGCAAACAGAUGGUCUGACCGGUGAGGAUGACCUCUACAUGCGCCUGCAAGACCUAAAACGUCAGAUGGAGUUCCUGGAUAUUCAGGAGGAAUACAUCAAGGAUGAGAUGAAGAACCUGAAGCGAGAGAUGAUUAGAGCACAGGAAGAAAUAAAGCGAGUGCAAUCGGUGCCGCUGGUGAUAGGUCAGUUCAGCGAGAUGAUCGACCAAAGCCAUGGGAUCGUGUCCUCCACAGCGGGAUCCAACUAUUUUGUGCGGAUCCUGAGCACCUUGAACCGUGAGCUCUUGAAGCCGAACUGCUCAGUGGCACUGCACCGACAUUCACAUGCGGUGGUGGACAUUCUGCCCCCGGAGGCCGAUAGCACCGUGCAGAGCAUGGCCAUGUCCGAGAAGCCGGACGUCAACUAUUCCGACAUCGGCGGAAUGGACAUCCAGAAGCAGGAGAUCAAGGAAGCGGUGGAAUUGCCACUGACACACAAGGACAUCCGUCUUCUUGGUGCGAUGAUGUGUGGGGAGCUCUAUGCGCAGAUCGGCAUUGAUCCGCCCAGCGGUGUUUUGCUCUACGGCCCACCCGGCACAGGGAAGACCAUGUUGGCUAAGGCGGUGGCCAAUCAGACGACGGCCACGUUCAUUCGCAUGGUGGGCUCCGAAUUCGUUCAGAAAUAUUUGGGUGAAGGGCCACGCAUGGUGCGUGACGUCUUUCGCUUGGCGCGUGAGAAUGCCCCCUCCAUCGUGUUCAUUGAUGAGAUUGAUGCCAUUGGAACCAAGCGGUUCGACUCUCAAACGGGCGCAGACAGAGAGGUGCAGCGUAUCCUUUUGGAGCUUCUGAAUCAAAUGGAUCCUGAGCUGAUGUUGGAGGCUUUGACCACACCCGCCCCGGACGGCUUUGAUCAGGACACCACCGUGAAAGUCAUAAUGGCAACGAACCGCCACGACACCUUGGAUCCGGCGCUCUUGCGCCCCGGACGCUUGGAUCGGAAGAUCGAGUUCCCUCUGCCGGACCGACGUCAGAAGCGAUUGAUUUUCCAGACGAUCACCUCAAAAAUGAACCUGAGCGAGGAGGUGGAUUUGGAAGAUUAUGUCUCGAGACCUGAGAAGAUUAGCUGCGCCGACAUCGCAGCCAUUUGCCAGGAAGCCGGUCCCUUGGCCUCACAAAAUCAGAGACAAAUAAACUGA